ACAGAACUAUUAUGACAAAGAAAACGAAGAACGAAAAUGCCACCAUAUAUUACAAUAAAGAAUCUUUAUACUCGUAUGAUGCUAUUAACAAUGUUAUAUUAAUGAAGCCUCUUCAUCAAAUGGCAUGGAAUAAGAAUAUCCAACUGUUUUAUUAUUUGAGCAUGCCCAGACCAAAACCAAUAAUUUUAACACGUCGUCAAUACAAUAAAUUAAAAAGAAGAAUUUAUAGCAGUCUCAUCGCAAAACAUAAUACGUAUCUUGCAAAAGAUUUCUACAAUGAUCGUAGACUUCAUAACUUGCCUGAUCAUACGCUAGAAAUAGUUAGAGCUAAUACAAAAAACCAAAUUCUGCAUUACGACAAGGACUCCCAGACCGAAAACGUCCUAAUGAAUCAAAUAUGUGCUACGGUAUCGGAUGUAAAUACAUACACAAUUGGUAAAUCAAACUGUGGAGAUGCUGGCUCUACGGACAUCGGAAAUUCAAAAAUGAGUUCAAGUUCAAAUACUUUUGAAAAUUCUAGAAAUACCAUUUGCUCUCAGAAAGUAAUAAAUGUCAAUAAUUACCAUAUUAUGCAUAAUACUCUAAGAACGAUUUACAUAGCCAGGAACCAUAUAAAACCGAACAACGAACGAGUUAAACAAGAUCACGUUAUGAAAACUGAGUCGGUUAAAGAUAUUGAAUAUAGAAAGAUGGCUAUUAGAAAACAGAGGGUAAGAUUUUCGUCUUCGCACUCGGCAAAUUAUCUUUCAAGGACUGAAAACGUUAAUAAAAUGGAUUCAUGCUCUAUUCAAACCAUUUUUAAAUGUCAAAGAAAAUCCCUAACACCAAAUCUCGGCACCUCGGCUUGUACACUGAGCAACAGCAGCGAAAAUAUUGAUUCUAGAUUUAAAUUUUUUGAGGAUUCAAUUCAAGACAAGCCCAAGAAACCGUUUCUGAAAAGACUAAUUUCCUGCUUGGUCUUCAAGACCUCACCGGUGUCACAGACCAAACACCCACGAGGUCUGCUUGAUGGCGGGAGUCCGAAUAAUUCUUUUGACUCUUAUUAUAUCAGUACUUCGCUUGGUGCUAUAGAGAUGAGUUCGUCCUUGUACGAAACGAGUGCUUCGUUCUACAGCGACCACACUGUACCUGGCACCAAGAUCAAACGUGGAUUCCUCAGUUCGGUUCGGGGCUUGCUCACUCGCAAGUGUUAAAAUUCUUAUGGCUUGCGUUGGAUAAAGGAAUUAUAUUUUUAAAAUUAUCGACAUUUGGGCAAUAUUAUCUAAAAAGUUGUACACACCAUUUUAUUUAUUUAUUUGUCACCGUGGCCGGAGAACGUCCCACUUUGUCGCUUGCCAGAUUAUUCGUCUAAAGAUACAAGUAAAUCUCGUCCUUAUGGGAAGCAACAAAGUGGGACGUUUUUCGGGGAAAAUCACAUUUCGAUCCAAAUUGGGGGGAAAAUGUGUCGCAAUAUUUUAUUCCAUUUCUUUACCAUUUUUCAAAGACUUUGUAUGACGGUAACAAAAUGCAAGGAGAAAAAAAUUUUGGUUUUUCUCUUAAUUAGGAUUGAGAGUGCGUAAUUCUGAAUAGAAAUGACAUGAAUAUGUAUUUUCAAGUUUUAAAAUGUUGCGCGUAUAAUUUUCAAUAAAAUCGCCCAUUGAGGUUUUUGAGAACUUAUAUUUUUGUACAAUAUAUUUUGUAUUUGACUUAAAAUUUGUUGAAUUUAUUUUUAAAAAGCGCGUAUUAGUAUGGCUAUGUAAUUACAAUUAAAUUUGAUAUACAUAUAAAAAUAACUUAUCUUUUAUUU